UCUCUCAUCUUAUCACUUUCUUGGUACUUUUUAAGAAUUUCACAGGGAAAAAAAAGAAUGGGUCGUGGUAAGAUCGAGAUCAAGAGGAUUGAGAACAGUACUAACAGGCAAGUGACCUAUUCCAAGAGAAGAAAUGGUAUUUUCAAGAAAGCCCAAGAGCUCACUGUUCUCUGUGAUGCUAAGGUUUCCUUGAUCAUGUUCUCCAGCACUGGGAAAUUGCGCGAGUUUGUCAGCCCUAACAUCUCGACGAAGACGUUUUUUGAUCUAUAUCAAAGGACUUCAGGGAUUGAUCUCUGGAGCUCCCACUAUGAGAAAAUGCAAGAAAACUACAGAAGGCUGGAGGAGAUCAACAAGAAGCUCAGAAGAGACAUCAGGCAGAGAGUGGGUGGUGAUUUGAAUGAUCUUAACAUCAAGGAACUACAGGCUCUCGAGGCUGAAAUGGAUUCUUCCUUGGUGGCUGUACGUGAGAGAAAGUACCAUGUUAUUAAAUUGCAAACCAACACACGCAAGAAGAAGCUAAGGAACUUGGAGGAAAGACAUGCAAAUCUUGUGCUCCACUUGGAGGCAAAGCUUGAUCAUCAGGAUGGAAUAGUUGAAAAUGAAGGAUAUUAUGAAUCAGCAAUUGGGGUCGCAAAUGGAGCCUCUAACUUAUAUGCUUUUCGCCUGAACCAAAACCAGCAGCCUAAUUUUCUUCUUCACCAUGGGGGAAGAUUUGAAUCCAAUGAUCUGCGCCUUGCUUGA